GGUCAGUUCGUGGUAACAUGUUUUCGAAAACUAACGCAGUUUUCGUUUUGACAGCACUCUUGGCUGUAAGUUGUCUUACAUCUGCUUUGCCAAGAUGUGAUCGUGAUGAUGAGGAAUGUAAGGAUCGUAACAUGCAUCCAGAUUUACCUCCUAUGCCUAAGAAAUUCCAGCGUGCCUUGGAGGGUGAAAACUCAAACGAUUAUUGGAGGAAUAUAGCUCAUGACUUUAUUAACAAGCAGUUGAAUACGGCUCCCAAUAAGAAUCGUGCCAAAAAUGUUAUAAUGUUUUUGGGUGAUGGCAUGGGUUUGACCACUAUAGCUGCUGCUAGAAAUCUCUUAGGCGGUGAGGAACAAAAUUUGUCAUUUAACAAAUUCCCACACACCGGUUUGGCGAAAACUUACUCAGUGGAUAAAAUUGUGCCCGAUUCUGCUUGUACCUCUACCGCCUACUUGAGUGGUGUUAAGGCGCAGGAGGGAACUUUAGGUGUUAAUGGUAAUGUGGAUAUGGGUGAUUGUCAAGCAGGUGCAGAUCGCAGUAACUGGGUUUAUUCCAUUGCCAAAUGGGCCCAAGAUGCCGGCAAGGGCACCGGUGUGUUGACCACUACACGUAUAACUCAUGCCUCACCCGGUGGUGUUUAUGCCCAUAUUGCCCAUCGUGAUUGGGAAAACGAUCAAGAAGUCAACGUCGACUGUGGCAUUAACUCUGGAGUUGAGGAUAUAGCCUAUCAAUUGAUUAAAGGUGAGGUUGGCAGUAAAUUGGAUAUUGUUAUGGGUGGUGGUAAAAAGCAUUUCAUCGAUUCUUCACUCUACAAAAAUGGUAAACGCAAGGAUGGUUUGAAUUUGGUGGAAGAAUACAAAAAACAAAGUUCCAAAAACUUAUAUAUUGAGACCAGAGAUGAACUUAUGUCAAGCGAUUUCUUUGAUUAUGAUCGUGUAUUUGGUUUAUAUCAAGAUGAUCAUAUGUUGUAUCAUUUGGAGACAAAUGAAACCACUAACCAACCUACUUUGGAAGAAAUGACACGUAAAGCUAUUGAAUAUUUGUCACGUAAUGAAAAUGGUUAUUUCAUUUUCAUUGAGGGUGGACGCAUUGAUUUGGCUCAUCAUCAGAAUAUGGCUAGAAUAGCCUUAGAUGAGACUGUGGAAUUUAGCAAGGCCAUAGCAGCUGCCCAAGAAAUGACCAAUGAAGAGGAAACUCUCAUUGUGGUGACAGCUGAUCACUCGCAUGCCUUCUCCUACAAUGGUUAUCCAUAUCGUGGUAAGGAUGUGUUUGAUCGCACUCCCGGCACAGCUGAUGAUGGCAUACCCUAUAUGACUUUGAGUUAUGCCAAUGGUCCCAGUUAUGAAAAAUCUUUUGAUACCGACAAAGGUCACCGUAUUGAUCCCACUACUGUGAUAAAUGGUGAUAAAUAUGAUCAAUUCCCUUCAACUCUGCCAUUUGUGGAUGAAACCCAUGGCGGUGAUGACGUUGCUGUUUAUGCUAACGGUCCCUGGUCUCAUUUGUUUAGUGGUGUCUAUGAACAGAAUACUAUUCCUCAUAUUAUGGGUUAUGCCUCUUGUUUGGGUAAUGGUUUAAAAAUGUGCAAUACUAACUAGGGAGUUCCGUAGAGGAAUGAGUGUUUUUUUUAAUUUCAAAAAAGUUAUUAAACUCCAUAAAAUAUUUGAAAAAAUCUAAUUUUUAUUAUUUAUUAUUUCCGUUAUCAAUAAAAAAGACUACUUAACAUUAUAUUAGCAAUGAUAGCAGAA